AUGUUAGCCUCUUUUUAAUAAUAACCACUUGUCAGGAAAAUGGUCAAAUCAUAAGUUGAAUUAUCCAUGCCACAAACCAAAACCACUUCGGAUUUGCUCUUUUAAAAUUAAAGAUCUUCAUAUCAACAAUACAGAAAAUAAACCUAGCAAUCAGAUGAAAUUUCAGUUCAGAAAUUAUUUUUCAGAACUACUGAGCCUUCCAUUUAAGAAACACCCAGUUCGCUGUAUUUAACAAGACAAAGAGAGGAGCCUUUCAUUACGGCCAAUACAAAAUUUUAAGAAUAGAAAUACAAAUAGAGAAUUGAUUUCUCAAAUUCAGACCAUAAGAAUUCACUCAUAGAAUUGCCUAAAUUCAGAAUGGUUGCAAGUAUGUAUGGUAGAAGCAUCCUGUCUACAGCCAAAAUUAAUAGAAGAAUGGCCGAAUCCUCUGAUAGUGAGUUUUUUAUGUAAUCGCCAGGAUUAAGAUAAAUGAUAAUUUGUAAUUAAUUAUUUAUGGAGGAUGAACGAUUCCUCUAUUAAUUUAUGUAUGUUCCGGAUUUGACAUAACCUAAAGAAAGAUUUGAUGAUUUUGUCAAGUGCUUAAGGAAUGUGCAAAAGAUUAAUAGCAAAAGAUUAUAUUUUUAUUUAAAAGAUGGAACUCCCAUUAACUCUCACUUAGACAUUCCCCCAAUUCACAAGACUUUAAUUUAUAGUCAGAACUCUGUAUAUAAACCUUAUGAGAACCCACAAUUAGAUCUUUUAGAAUCGUAAUGCAAAUCUUAUAACUUCCUCUAAAUUAAAAAAAAGUAGUAUAAGAACAGUAAUUCAUAAGUAGAGGAUAUCAUAAGGACUCUAAAUGAUGGAUAGGAUGCUCAAUACAAUUCCAAAGAAUUGAAAUCACAGUUAAAAAAUCUUUCAUUUAGAAAAUCAAGUUUAAAGAAUUCUCUAGAAAAAUUAAUAAAGCCAACUCAACUUAACAUAGACAAUAACCUAACCUAACAAAAAACUGUGACUCACACUUAAAUAGAUAAAACUGAAACUUAGGAAUAGAAGAAAAUGGAAUUAUUCGAUGACAUGUUGUAACUGUAUGAAUAAGAAUUGAAAAAGAUAGAUUUCAAUUAAAAUCAACCUGAUGAUAUCAAUUAAAUUCAAUUCGAUAAUGAAAAUGAUGAGAUGAGAUUGAAAAUCAAACAAGCCGCCUGUUUAUUAGAACCCUUAUUAAAUAAAUUCUUGAAUCAACCUCAAAAGAAGGAGGAAGUUGUUGAAGAAUAAUUUCAAUUAAAUAAUAUGGAAUAAAAAAAAUAAACAAAAACACAAUAAAAUUUUGUACAUAAGAAUAUUAAAAGGAGAAUAAGCAACAAAUUUAGCUUGCAAUAAUUAUUAAAAAUCAAUCGAGAAUUAUUUAUUCAAAAUAUCCCGAAAUUAUUAUCAUCAUCAAAUUUUUCUCGAUAUGAAUUACACAAUACUUAUGUUCUCUAUUGUGCUUUAUAGUAAAUUACAUCGUAGAGAUACAAUUAUUAUAAUAUCAAUGACGGAGUCGAUUAUUAAACUUACAGAAGAGGAAUAUUUUAGAUAUUCUUUCAAAAUGAAUUUUUGGCUCAAUAGAUAUUUAAUCGCAUAGAUUACAAUUAUAGUGGAUUCCUUAAUUGGGAAGAAUUCCUAAGACUCAUGAUGAGCAUUAAAGCAAAAACUGUCGUUGAAAAAAUAGAUCUCUUCAUUUCAAUUUCUGAUAGUGAUGGAAAUGGUAGACUUUCUCACGAUGAAAUUUUUAAAUUAGCCAAAUUAUGCCUAUCUCAUUAUGUACAAGAUAAGGGCGAGUUCUUGGACAUUUUAUGUGAAUAUUAUACGAGGCUAAUCUUUUAAAUUGUCGAUAAAGAUAUCACAGAUGAAAUUCCCUUUGAAGAGAUAAAAAAGGCGAUAUUAGACAAUAAAGAAGACAGCGAUCUCUUAUUAAUGUUUUGUGGAGCAGAUGUAUGA